UAAGAAGAAAGAGAGAGAGAGAGAUAGAGAGAGAGAGAGAGAGAGAGAGAGACAGAGAGAGAGGGUGGGAAGGAGGGACAGAGAAAGAAAAAGAGAGAUAGAUAGAGAGAAAAAGAACAAAUUAAUUGAUUUUUCAAAAGAAGAUAGUAUAACCACGGUUGUACUUUUUUGUGAUCUAAUGUCAUUGCAGGAGGACGAUUGUCCUUGACUGCAGUAUGCGUUAAUUGGAAAAAGAUAAACGUAUAUAAACAGAAAGCGGGGUGGGGGCGGGGGGGUUGAAGAAGAAGAAGAAGAAAAAAAAAAGAAAACGUCUAAGUUUGUGGAUUUGUGUAGGAAAAUUCGAGAAAGAAAUUUUUCUAAUUUCUUAUUGCGAAUGGAAGAGAAAUGAUGAUAUCUGUCGCAUGUUUAUGAAAACAUAAGACAUGGUUUGGAUUUAGUAUAUCCAAUACAUCGGCAAGUAUGUUUAAUGCAGAGCCUGAAUCUGUAUCCGAGGGUUGGCAUACAUACGAAUUACCUAGCACAAUGAUCCCUAAUGCAAGCUCUGGAAUGGACGAAGAAGAUCACUUUUGCAAGCUUAUAUUGUAUAAAGAAAUUAAGGAUUCCAGAGUUCGUAUAUGGGAUAUUAUUAUACUAGUGCCGAAUUUAUUAUUUCUUCUAUUUAUUGCUAUAAGAUUUAACAGAGCAAGGCUUAAAUUACGUGCAACGAGUAGUCCAAUAUUUUUAGCGUUUUAUGGACUUGUUAUUUGUAACGUCGUUAUCUCGGUAAUACGAUGUGUUGUAUCAAUGACGGUUAAUGCUGCAGCUACCGUUGGUGGUAAAGCAGAUAAAGUGCUUUGGGUUACGGUUAGAUUUUUUUUAUUAUCUACAGAAAUGAGUGUGGUAAUAUUUGGUUUAGCUUUUGGACAUUUAGAUAGUCGAUCGAGUAUUCGUAGAGUAUUACUUGCCACAUCUCUUAUCGCUUUAGCGUUUACUAUAACUCAAGGAACUUUAGAAUUAGUUUUACCAGACGACACAUUCCAUAUUCCAAGUAGAGAUUUUUAUGUGUUUGGUCAUGGGGGUAUGAUGUUUUGGUUUUGCAGCAGUCUCGUUUUUACUACGAUAUAUCUUUUUAUAUUGAUAUUACCAUGGACACGAUUAAGAGAACGUUUAGCACUUCCAACACGGAAAAGCUUUUACGUUUAUGCGGGCACGUUGGCCACAAUGGAUCUAGUACAAUCAAUUGGUGCAGGUUUUUUAACUUAUACACAAAAUCCUGUUGGACUGUGCAUCGUAGAUUUUACUGCAGCAGUUUAUUUAACUCUCUUUACGCCAUUGGUAUAUCACACUUUCCUAUCAGAAUUCCUCGGCGUUUCGCAACCUUCGAUAAUGUUCUCCUACAAAGCACAAGUUGACGACGCAAUGGACGAAGAUACUGUAUCGCUUCCUCAUCAACAGAGUUUUUCAUCGUUAAAAACUGACAGCGAUUACAUCUAUCAGAAUCACAGUGUUUACGACUCGACCCAGUUCGACACGAAUACAACUCCAGUGAAUCCAUUGUAUGCAGCAUCUCUACAGAGUCCAGAUAGCAUUACUGGUUACAGUAUAGACAGUCAAGAGGCACAGAAUCAAACCAAUGGUUAUCAACAAUGAAGUAUCAUCUUCUAUAAUCAAUCAUAACAAUAAUCUCUACGAACAAAAAUUUAAUAGAUCUGAAUAGAUCCGGAUGAUCUAAAAAACAAUUAAAGUAAAAACAAAAUAAAACAAAAAAAAAAGAAAAGAAGAUAAACCUUAUCUUAAGUAAGAGAGCUUCGCAAAAAAAAAUCCACUGUAAAAGUGUUCCAACAAUAUCUAUCUGGUAGGUUCCUGCGAAGAAAAAAAAAGAAUGUGUGUUACAAAUUUUGUAACAUAAUAGUUAAUGUAUAAGAUUCUAUCUGUAUAAAGUAUAAACAUUGAAAGAAUUCUAGUCGUUCUUAAACAAAAUGAAAAAAAAAAGAAGAAGAAAAAAGACAUAAUUUCAGGGCCGUAAUAAUUAUUGUAGGCUCUCCCUGUGAUAGGACAUGAAUGUAUUUAUAAAUAAUUCAUGAUGAUGAUGAUAACGAUGAUGAUGGUGAUGAUGAUGAUACAUCAUAAAAAGAACAAUCGUAAAUCUCAAAUUAUAAAUUUACAUUAUAUAGAAAUUUAGCCUAUCUAAUAUAAUACUUUUAUUAUUCUUCAGCCAGUUGAAAGCCAAGAAACGAAUGAUCAUGUAUAUUUAGAAAUAGUUUCUUUCGUAACUCUCUUUCUCUCUCUCUCUCUCUCUCUCUCUCUCUCUCUCUCUCUCUCUCUCUCUUUCUCUAUUUUUAUCCUUCUCUCUCUUUCUCCUUUUCUUUCUUUUGACAUGUAGAUCUGUAUAGAUAGGAAAAACUAAAAUGAACAAAAAAGAGUGACAUUUUAGAGAAAUGAUUAUUUGUGUUAACGGCAUAAUCUCGUACUUAACGCGAAACAAAAAGGAAAAAAAAGGUGAAAAGAAAAAAAGACGAAAACGCAUGUAACAUAUGUAAGCAUAGGAAUUUGAUUUCUAAUCUCAUUUUUUUGUUUGUUCUUUUUUAUUCUUGUCCGAUCGAAUGCUGCGAAAAAAAGGGAAAGAAUGAAAUUUUUUGUCUCUCUUAGAUAUUUACAAUACAUAUAUACAUACAUACAUACAUACAUACAUACAUAAAUACAUAGAUACACAUGUGUACAUACGUCACAUAUAAAUUAAUUUCUGAUAGUAAAAAAAAAAAAAGGGAAAGAAAAUAGAAUAAAAAUAUACAUAAAAAUAAAAAUGAAAAAUAAACAGAGCAUAAAGAACGCGAUCAUUUAUCCCAAAAAAAAAAAAAAAAAAGAAAGAAAGAAAAGAAAAAAAAAAUAUUUCGCCAUAGCGGAUAAAAGACUUUACCGUAUAAACAGAAUAAAUAAUAAAAUAUAAUGAAAAAGAUAAUGCCCAGUAUUUGCCAUAGGAAACUUGAUACAUCGGACAUUUCAAAACAUUCUCGUCGAUCUUUCCGUCCUAAUUAUCGGAUGAAAUUAUUCCAACCCGUUGUACAGUUGAUGAAGAAAAAAAAAUAUCUUUUAUGAUUCGAUGCAAGAUCAAGAUUUAAAACGAGAAGAAAAAAAAAUAAUACAAAAGAGAAAAGCAAAAUGGCGCUGGGUCUUGUUCGCUAUUUUCCUACUUUUGCAUCGACAAAACAAAUCUUUUUCAAACGAUUCCUAAAGAUUUAAACACGAAGAGAGUCGUUUCUUACAUCCUAAGCGUCAUUUCCGACCUUGAAUAAUAAUUUUAAGAGUUAUAUAUAAUGUGAGAAAUUAUAUAUGUAUAUAUAUAUGUAUGUAUGAAUGUAUAAUUUAAAAUUAUAUACAUAUAUAUAUAUAUAUAUAUAUAUAUAUAUAUAUAUAAUAUACUCUCACUGAAUAUAUACGAGCAAAACUAUUAUGAAUAACUCCAUCCAUAAUGUGUGCUCUGACGAUGAAUGGGAUACAUAUAUUUGUAUGUUUGGAAGUACACACACACACGCAUAUAUAUAUAUGUAUAUGUAUUUGUAUGACUGCGUAUAUAUGUGUGCACGUGUUAUUUAUAUAUUAAUAUAAAUAUACAAAUAUUUAUCGAUAUCGUGUCUCUCUACGUACUCACAUUGUACAACUUCGUUGCUCAGGCAAUCCUAAAGGUGUACAUGGGCCAUAUGAAAAAUAUGCGAUCUUUUUCUUGUUUUUAUUUUUUUUUAAAUUUAUAAAUUUCAUUAUUAAAGUGAAAUACAUGUUAAAGUGGAAAAAAAAGAAAAAGUUGCGAAUUUUCCAAAUGAUCCCAGUAUAUACAUACAUAUAUACAUAGAUACAUAUAUAUAUAUAUAUAUAUAUAUAUAUAUAUAUGCGCGAACCUGCCUUUUUUUUUUGUAUAUUAAAUUUGAUACCUACACGAAUCAUUCUCAAAAAGGGCAGAUUUUGUGCUUGUGAGAGAAAGAGAGUUCGAGAAGCGACGAAAAAUUAAAAACAUUAAAAAAAAAAAGAAUAAAAUACAUAAUAGUAAUAAUAUUAAUAAUAAUAUUAAUAAUAAUAAUACUAAUAAUAAAAUAAUAAUAAUAAUAACAACAACAGUAAUAAUAAUAAUAAUACUAAUGAUAAAAAAAUAAGUAACAAGUCCUUCAUGCAGGCCUCUCUACGAGAAGAGAGAAUGAUGGUUAUUGAUACAGGGCCGCAUUUAUAUUUUUGAAAGCCCUAAGCGCAAUACAUCAUUAGGAAAAAUCGUCGGAAAAAUAGAUGUCUGUUUUAAUUAAUCUAAUUUCUACUCAAAUUCUUUUCUAUAUCCUCUUUUUUCUGUUCUCUUUUUGAAGUUCAUUGAAAAUAAAAGUCGAUAAUCUUUCCAUAAUAAAAAUUAUUUUAAUAAAAUAAAAAGAAGCUAAUACAACAUUGUGUAUAUGUGUGUGCGUGUGUGCUCGCGUAUGUAUGUGCGUGUGUGUGGAACAUAUACACAUAUUUGCAUUUAAAAAAAGUAUAAAAAUAAAUUAGUUCAAAUUUAAAUUAAAAAAACAAAACAAAAAAAAAAGAAGAAACAGUGAGAUACCAGUUUGCGUUUAACGCGUCUUAUGAUAAAUACGGCCCUGUUGUUACAGGUGGUUUAGUUGAUAAGAUCUUACCUCAGGAUAUUAUCAAUAAUUAAUGAUGAUCGAUGAGAACGCGAUUAAUGAUGAUGAUGAUGAUGACGAUGACGAUAACGAUGAUGAUGAUGAUGAUAAUGAUGAUGUUGCUGCUGCUGCUGCUGCUACUGACGAUGAUGAUUUUAGCAAUACGUUUAAUACGUAUAUCUAGAAAUUAAUUUAUAAGCGAAUAUUCGCGUGUUUGUAUAUACAUAGAAACAAAAAUGAAGAGGUGAAGAGAAGUGAUAAUGUAAACGUAUAAAAGUCGACGAAUGUUUCAGUCAAUUGCAAAUCGAUUUAAACUUUGUUCAUUCAGAUUUGUGCUCUACAUACAUACAUACAUACGUACAUACAUACAUACAUACAUACAUACAUGCAUACAUAAAUACAUAAGUACAUACAUAUGUACAUACAUACGUACAUACAUACAUGUAUAUAUGUAUAUGUAUAUAUAGAACAGAAUUUACAUAAAAUCUGGUAACACUUUAAAAUAAUAAUUAAUAUUUUAUACGGUAAGGUUUACCUAUCAUUAAAUUUAUAUAUAAUUUUUACAUAAAUGUAUUUAUCAAACGCAUUACUUUUGUGAUUAUGAGUUAAUGAUACUAAAAAUAAUAAUAAUAAUGAUAAUAAUAAUAGUAAUAAUAAUAAAUUUUUUGGUGACAUGAUUUUAUGAUGACAUAUGGUGACUUAUGGUGAAAGGUGAUUAUGUGAUUUGAAAGUAACAAGAUUACAUAAUUAAUAUUUAAAGUGUUAAUGGAAUUUAUGUAAAAUCAUGUACAUAUAUGGAUACAUACCUAUGAUAUGUAUGUACGUAUAUACAUAUAUAUAUAUAUAUAUGUAUAUAUAUAUAUAUACAUAUACAUAGGUAUACUUUAAGGAGAAAAUAAAAAAUUUUCUGUGAAUUUUUUUGUAAUGUAAAAAAUGGCAAAAAUAUAAACAAAAUAUUGUGCGAUCGCGUCGAAAGUGUGUCUGUGUGUUUGUUUUAAAAGCACAAACGAAGUCGGCAAUAAAGGUACCAUUUUAAACACGAA